AUGGGCCACCUUUUCCCUCGCGCCACUUCCACCAGCUUCGCAGUGGACCCGGUGUGUAGGUUGCGGCAGCACAGACACUUACUCCCACCCUUCCGUCCUCUCUUCCCUUCCCCGCUCCCCUUCCCCCUUCCCUCCUCCUCCCCGCCAUCCCCUUCCGCGCCCCGUUCUCCCCGCGCGUGGCUCCCCCCGCACUCCAGCUUCACAGUGGACCCGGUGCGGCGGCUGCGGCAGCACAACGGGCGCGUGGUGAGCGGCGCGCACAAGACGCGCCGCCACCGCCCCUGGGAGAUGCUGCUUCUGCUGCACGGCUUCCCCUCGCGCACCGCCGCGCUGCAGUUCGAGUGGGCGUGGCAGCACCCGCUGCGGUCGCUGCACGUGAGGGGCGUGGCAGCGCAGCACAGCAAGCGGCAGCUCAUGGGAUCUGCGGGCAAGCUGCGGCUCAUGCUGCACAUGCUGCAGCUGCCGCUGUGGUGCAGCCUCCCCCUCGUUCUGCAGUUUCUCUCCCCCGAGCAUGUCCCCCGCAACUGGCCUCCCCCCUGCCUGCCCCCCCAAAUGCGCCUCGUUGUUGCGCCCCUGACCGCCCUUGGGGGAAGGGGUGCGGGGGAGGAUGGGGGUGCGGAGGCAGGGGGAGAAGAGGGUGGGGAUGGGGGAGCGUUGGGCGAGGGGGAGGCUGGGGUGGAGGAAGGAGGGGAGGGGGGAAGGGGGUGUGAAGGGGAUUGGGGGACGGGAUGGAGUGGGGUGGAUCGGUGGGGGGAGGAAGUAGGGGCGACUGGGAGCAAGAGUGGGAAUGGGAGUGCGGGUGGAGAGGGAUUGGAAGCGGGGUGGAUGGGGAGAGGGGAUGAAGGGGCGUUGAGCUGUGGCGUGCAGGCACGGAGAGGAGAAGAAGGGGGACGUGCAGCGGAGCAUGGGGGGCAUGGGGAUGUGGGGAGGGAGAUGCAGAGGGGAGAGGAUCUGGAAAGGGUCUGGCUGAAACGCGACGGUGGUAAUAGCAGUGGCUGCAGCACCCGUACUGGUUCUGCUGGUGGUGCUGCUGCUACACAUGCUGGUGCUCGUGCUUUCUGGCCUUGCAGAGAGGCCGCUGACUGUGCGUGUUGUGCGGAGGGACGGGCAAGAGAAGUUGCGCCUUGUGGCAGCAGUGGUAGGGUGGAUGAAGAGGUGUGGGGUGACGACUGGUGGCGCAGCAGCAGCAUUGAUGGGAGGAUACGUGAGGGCAGUCGCAGCAGCUUGGCAGCGGUUGAGAACGAUCGCACGGUGGUGCAGACGAGGGCGAGGGAGGAGGGCGGCAGUGAGAAGCGGGAGGAAAGAGGCGUGGUGGAGGGAUGGAGCGAUGAGCGUGAGUUGAUCGACCUCACAGGGGACGACAGCCAUGGCAGCCAUGACAACCACGAGAGCCGUGACCUCACAGGGGACGACAGCCAUGAAGACAUGGGGCAGCCGCGGCGGGAGAGAGAAAGUGGAGUCGGGGGGGUAGGUAGACCGUUCUCCUGCCGCUCCCCUUCUCCUCCUCCUACUCACAGUGCUGUGUUGUGCGGCCUUGGGGCUCUAGACAGCCCCUCUCUGCCGGGCUCGCCGUUGCCAUCUGGGUGGUUUUCCUCCAGUGACUCUUUCCCGGUGCAGCGGGGAAUCGCCGGUGGUUCCAUGCAGGGAGUGCAGGUAGAGCGAGCAGGGCAAGCAGUGCGGCGAUGGCAGUCCCUGGCAAGUGCUGUGCUGCCGCUGCAUGGGGAUGGUGUGGGUGGAGCGUUGGAGGAGGAGGGGGAGGAGGAGGAGGGGGAGGAGGGAGAGGAGGGGGGAGAGGGGGAGGAGGAGCGGGAGCGGGAGGGGGAGGGGGAGGAUGGGUGUGAGUGCUCGGUGGCUGUUGCUACAACUGGAGGGGUGAGCGGGGAAGGGCUUUAG